GAGAAUCGUUUAUCAAAAAUGAAGGUCUCACGUUAUGUUUUAUGCGUUUUUGCAAUUACUUCGUGCUUGUUUAUUAAGAGUACUUUAUCCUGUAAUGGGUACGCUUUAAAAGUCAACAGCAUUAAAAAUUGUCGUGAAAACAACGUGAUACGUUUAGACGAAACAUUUUCUGUAACUUUGGACAAAAAUUGUAAUUUAAUCCCUAAAGGAUGUGGAGUCACAAAAGCUUUUAAAACGUUGAAUGUGAAAUACACAUUUACGAAACCACCAAUGGCUCCUUUAGAAGGUACUCUUAAUGGUUGUGAGCUGAUGGAGAGUAACCCAACAGUAGGAAUGUUACUCUCCGCUUUUGCUUUACCAACAAAAUGUCCUGUUAAAGCGCAAAAAAUUUGCGUGAAUGGAGAUAAAACAUUAAGUAUCAGCAAAUAUAGAAUGCAACUUGGGUUGAUAGCAGGAAAUAUGAAGCUUAAGAUAGACGGGAAGCACGACACUGGAAAUACAUGUCUCCUGUUAGAUUUAUCACUAAACAAAAAAUAAUUUUUCACUACGUUUGAGCCAAAAAAAUUGAAGCAAUUUGUAAUUUUAAUUAAUUUUUGAAAUAAAAACACUUUAAAAAC